AUCUCGUAUCCCCAGAAAAUACAAAAGGAAAUGCCAUUAAAACCAGAGGCCCAAGAUGUAGGAUCUCCCAAAUCCACCGCACCCCCGACUUGUUGUUGUUGUUCUUCUUCUUCUUCAAACCACACAUCUGCUGGCACUUGGCAGAAUUACAGCCGUUGGAUCAAAGGAAACUGUCAGUAUUGUAUCGCCGUUUAGCGCUCAAGAAUCCACUUACUUCCCCCCCCCCCCCCCCCCNCGGGUUUGAUCUGUAGCUGAUGCUGAAAAGUGGGGCAGUUUCUUCUUCGGUAAUUUUCCUUCGGAUCAACCCCAUUCUCAACGCUUCGCUACAGGAUUCACUGUUUUGCUCCCUUUUUGAGGGUCAAAAGAAUUACAGAUAACAGUUCUUCUAGGUCAAGGCAAUGGUUGUUCAUUAUGGAGAAAAUGGAAAUCAAUGGUAGAAAUCCUGAUUUGAAAGGGAAUGGAAACCAUUCUUCAGGUGAUUCAAACAUUAAGUCUAACGAGAUGCCUACAUUCGUCAACCACGCGGAGAUAGCUUGGCAUGAACGCAGGCGGGAAUGGGUCGGCGACUGUUCGGGAAACAUGCAACAAGUACCAAUGGAACCAAUCUUGAGCUGGACCACGACUUAUGAAGAUCUUCUUUCAACUGCAGAGCCUUUUCAGCAGCCGAUUCCUUUAGCUGAAAUGGUGGACUUCUUGGUUGAUAUCUGGCAUGAAGAUGAUCUCUAUGAUUAGAGGCUUUCUCACACAAUCUAUCAGAAAUGCAUUGUUCUUCUUUCUUUGCCUCUCUUUUCAAGGCUUCUAUUCAUUUUUUGGUAUAACCAUUGAACAAAUUUGAUGAUCAGAAUAGAUGGUUCUCUUGUACUCUAUGCUGAUUUGUAAUUAACUGAGAGAAGAUGACGACUUUUUUUGUUUUUCAUCGUCGUCGUCUUCCUGGGUAAUCUGCAUACCGAGAUUUUUACUUUA